AUCCACAUCUUUUUGAACCGUCUAGACCUUGAGGUUUGCGCGGUAUUGGUAACAGCUGUUGUCACGUAUUGGUUUCAAGACGAAAUAAAAUUCCUCAGAAAACUGCACAUCAUGAAUUACGAUGGUUAUACUAAUAUUUACCACCCCAGUUCUCAGCAACCAGGAUACUACAACCCGUCCGAAAUGCAAUUCAGUCAAUUUUCAUAUGAAAAUGCAAAUUCAAUACCAUCCCAACCUAUCAAUCUUCCCUUCUCACAAGUACAAUAUUCCUCUGCUGCGAUGUAUGAAGGAAAAGAAGAGGAUUACGAAAAUGAACCACCUCUGUUAGAAGAACUUGGUAUCAACUUUAGUCACAUUGUACAAAAGACAUCAUCUGUCCUCCUUCCUUUUAAAGAAAGUUCUCAAGAAGUGCUUGACGAUACAGAUUUGGCCGGACCUUUGGUUUUCUGCCUGCUAUUUGGUUGUACCUUAAUGUUUGCUGGAAAAAUUCACUUCAAUUAUAUCUAUGGAUUAGGUGUAUUUGGUUGCUUGGGUAUUUACCUCCUGUUAUCAGUUAUGACGCCUAGGGGAGUUACACCAACUUGUGUCAUUUCAACAUUGGGAUAUUGCCUACUUCCUAUGUGUCUUUUAUCUUCAUUUGGGAUUGUAUUUUCUCUUAAAAGUGUACUAGGUGUCGUGUUGACAGCGACUGUCGUUUCGUGGUGCACAAUUGCUUCCAGUAAAUUGUUUGUUCGUAGUUUGGAUAUGCAACACCAACGCAUUCUUGUGGCGUAUCCAUGCGCCUUAGUGUAUUGUGUAUUUGCACUCCUAGUUGUGUUUUGAUUCGCUUUCUGUUAUUUAAAUUAUUGGAUACAUAGCUGUCAGAUUUACUGAUGGAUAAACUUAUGAUGACCUGUAAUAUUUAUCAUGCGAAAAAGAUACAUUUUUUUCUAUUAAAACAUUCAUUAAAAAUGGAAUUAUGUUUGUUUAUGAAACACUGUUAGAAAUAUACUGGGUUUCACUUGGAAUUAUGUGCCAGUAUUAAUAAACUGAUAUUGUUUUUAUUUCAGGUUGGAGAAAUUUAGAAUGAUAUGCUCUUUACCGCAGUCACCAGAAAAAGUAAUCGCUCUUGAUCGACUUGAAAUGACAGAGAGUGGGAGAGCUUAUUUUCUUUCCCGAAAUAUUCGCACACGACUGUGAAUUUAUAGCUUCUCUUUAGGAUGCCCUACUCCCCCAUGCUAACGUAGCGGGUGCAUUUUCGCAAUAGUUUUAUGUUAUGCGGAUUAUUGUAACUAUUCUCGAUGUACAGUCAAGUGUUAUCAUUACUGUCUAUUGAUUUGAUAUAAUCUUUUACUCAAUAAGUAUAAGCUCCACAUGGAUGACAGUUCAGCUUACAUUUCUAAAAGCCUGCUUGAAUAGCAACUUUUGAUUUCGAUAAUAAGGUUUUAUACUUGGCACAACUAUCCUAUGCCAAAUAAUUAGUUGGUAUUUUUAAAAACUUUAUCUAACACCGAAACUUGUUGGAAACUGAAAACCACCUGACAGUUGAUUUCUAAACCCUGAGCUGCCCACCAGUGCACACCCUUAAGCCUAUUCAUGAUAGAGCGCAGAAUCUUGGUGACCACGAAAUACCACGCCACCUUCAAUUUGGUGUUAUAGUAUGAAUUACAUGAAGGUUAAUACUCAUCCAUGCACAGCAUUUCCCCAAAACAAUGCACGUGUACAACUGGGAAUUCAACUUGAUGAUAACGAUUAUAAAGUAAAGCAUCGCGGAUAACCUAGUGUGUGACGUAAAUAACAAGAGGUACUGAAGAAACGAGGAUGACUGGUGAUAGGCGGGAGAGAGACCGUAUGGUCGAAAUUAUUUUGAAAAGUGACCCAUUCUGUGUAAAUCACGGAAACACCUGAAAUAAAACAAAGCAGUGAUGAGUGACUACAAUGUCCAAGGAAAAUUAGCGAUCGUUUCGUUGUAGAGCUAUAGUACGAUGCACAGAAGAUAAAACAAAAUGUAUUCAUGGAAGAAAAUAUCCACUUAUUUCUCCCACAUAGAAGACGUGGGAAUACUGUUUGCCCAGAGGAAAUACAUCACUACAUGCUAGUUCGGUUUAUGUAAAGCUUUGCUCUUGCACCUUACCAAAAGCACAUUAUUUACCUUACAACGGCAUUUGCUCCUGGUCGUUACACUACCCAACUAAUCUUAAUACUAACUUAGUUUGACAGCGUCAUUCGUAGCUGUGGUUCAAGUGCGCGACAAAACUAAGCCGUUCUCACGAUAAGUCUUUAUUGUAUUUAAUAUCCCAAACAACCAAUACGGUGUUAAAUUACUCUUUUAAUAGUUAUACGUAAUUUUAGUUGUGUAGUGGAUGCUACUGUCAAGGAUGUUUGCGAAUAAGGUGUAUCGGAACGUAGCGUCGAAUUCGCAACCGUCAGGCAGUGAAGAGUUUCGGUGCAUCGAAAGUAUGACGUUUUGAAGGUUAGUCGAGAAGACAGUUCAGAUUGCAGAACACACUGGAAGGUGCAAAUGGACGAUUGAAUGCUAUCUAUACACACCAUGUAAUUGCUUCGUAACUUUCGCAAUAAAUAUACAUUUCUCCUGUUUA